GUCGCGCGCACAUAAAAACAACGCUGGCUCCAGGUGAUCCGUGAGUCGAACUCAUUUCCUCGGCAGCUCUAACUUUGUACAUCGACGUGUAAACACUCUCGCAGCAAUCGGCAAGCUCGAUAAUAUAAUCGUUCCGUCAAACGACGCGUAGCAUCGGCCGAGCUCCUUUAUUCUCGAUCGGCUCCCGGCCUUCCAUUGAUUUCCUCUCAGAAUUAGGAUUGCGAAGACGAGUAAACAUGUCGCAGAUUGUCCGAAGAGUCUCCAUAGCGGCGAAUAUGAUGGCAUCGCCGGAGAAGCCCAGAACUACCUUUGGGGCGCGACACGUCCAGGCGAUCCUGAUGACCGGCGGCUUCCUUUGCUGCUACGCCAUGAGGGUGUGCAUGUCCGUGGCGGUGGUCGCCAUGGUGGACUCCAAUAAAUCUCUGCGCUUCGACUGGAACGAGCAAACGCAGAAUUUGGUGCUAAGCUCGUUCUUCUGGGGCUACGUGGUGACGCAGGUGCCAGGUGGCAUGAUGACCCAGCGCUGGGGCGCCCAACGACUCCUCGGCAUCUCCGUCGGCCUCUGCGCCCUGGCCACCCUCCUCAUUCCUCUCGCCGCGGCGUACGGCGAUUACGUCCUCGUCUGUACCUGCCGCGUCUUCUGCGGACUCUGCCAGGGUGUCGUGCCGCCCGUCCUUCAUACGCUGCUGGCCAAGUGGGUGCCACACCUGGAGAGAGGCAGAUUCACGUCCUUCGUCUACUCGGGAGGCUGGAUCGGUAACGUCAUUGCCCUGCAAAGUUCGGGUAUUCUCGCCGGAUCUGCUAUUGGCUGGCCGAGCUGCUUCUACUUCUGGGGCGUCGUCUCCCUAGUUUGGUCGAUCGCUUGGUACUUCCUCGGCAAAGAGUCGCCUGCCGAGCAUCCGGGCAUCGCCUCCGAUGAAAAGAUAUUCAUCGAGAGCAGCCUCGGCAUCGUCGAGACUACCGAGACGAUUUCAACGCCAUGGAAAUCCAUAUUGACAUCAGUACCAGUUUGGGCUCUUUUAAUUGCUCAAUGCACACAAGCUUGGGGUUUCUGGAUGCUACUCUCAAAAAUACCUUCCUACAUGCACAAAGUUUUAAAUUAUGAUAUACAACGUAAUGGAUUAAUGUCAUCGCUCCCAUACCUUUCCGCCUGGCUCUUAAGCUUCCCUAUGAGCUUCGGCUCGGAUUGGGCAAUUCACAGUAACAAGGUGAGUAUGAGGACCUCCAGGAUGAUAUGUAAUACCGUCGGCGAGAUCCUCCCGGCGCUCGCUCUCAUCGGCCUCGGCUUCGUUAAUAAUCAACAGCAGCUUCUAGCCGUAAGUAUUCUCGUGAUAGCUGUGUCCGGUAAUAUCGCCGUUUAUUGUGGCCAUCACGCUAAUCACAUGGAUCUCAGUCCGAAUUUCGCGGGCCCUCUCAUGGGCUUCACCAACGCAGCCGCAAACGUCUGCAGUAUUUUUGCACCUCUCGUCCAAGGAUUUAUCGUUAAGGAUCCGACAAACGUAUCGCAAUGGAGGACUAUCUUCCUUUUAACAUCAGGCAUGUAUAUAAUUGGAGCUCUUGCUUUUCUACUUUUCGGUUCUGUUAAAGUUCAAAACUGGAACAAUCCAACGAGUAAAACGAAUGGCAAAUUGUAUAAUUUGCCCGAAGUAUCAGCAAUAUCCGUGUUAAAUAAAACUAUAAACAGUGAUGAAAAAAUAGAGCGAUGAGUGAGCGUAAUAAUUAGUACCAUACAACAAUAAUUACACAUCAUCGUGUAAUCAUUCAUAUCAUUAUUCCAUCUGUCUUCAAAUCGUCAAUCUAUGCGCUGUUCAUAGAUUACUACGAAUGAAGUAAUGUCAGUGUUCAAGAGACAAUUUUAGAAUUCAUGUGAUACAAGAACUUUAUAAAUUACAGAUAAUCUUCUUAAUGUCUUAAAAAUUU